GCAUGACUGAAUCAAACAGAAGGCCCAUCACUUGUAAACAAUCUCUCGAACCAGCCCAGCCCAUCUCUGAAGAUCAUCCUGCUUCACACCAAAUCCUUCUAAUUCUGACCUGACUUCUGCUCAAGGAGAACCCUAAACCAGUACCAGCAGCAACGAGGAUCAACGCAUCUUCAUCUCCACCCAGUACCAACAGCCUUCUUUAUCUCAAGAGAAGAUGAAGGUGAUUGCCGCUUACUUGCUGGCUGCUUUGGGAGGGAACACUACCCCAACUGCUGAUGACUUGAAGGGCAUUCUUGGAUCAGUUGGUGCGGAGGCCGACGAUGAUAGGAUCGAAUUGCUCUUGUCCGAAGUCAAGGGAAAAGACAUCACUGAACUGAUUGCAUCUGGAAGGGAGAAGUUGGCGUCGGUGCCUUCCGGUGGUGGUGGUGUUGCUGUAGCAGCGGCUACUGUUAGUGGGGGAGGCGGCGGCGAUGCGCCAGCAGCUGAAGCAAAGAAGGAGGAGAAAGUGGAGGAGAAGGAAGAGUCCGAUGACGAUAUGGGCUUCAGUCUCUUUGACUAAGACAGAGGUACCGUUUCGAAUGUAAGAAGCCUUAUUCAGUAUGAUUUUGGAUUGUCCUGGAGACUCGAAUCUGGCUUAUGAGAACGAUGAUAUCUUAGGGAUCUAUAGGAGUAAAUUCUCAAA